AUGUCCGAAAUUACUCACCCCACGAUCCAGGAUGGCUGGUUCCGCGAGAUCUCCAACAUGUGGCCUGGCCAGGCCAUGACCCUCAAGGUCGAGAAGGUCCUCCACCACGAGAAGAGCUUGUAUCAGGAUGUCCUGAUCUUCAAGUCCACUGACCAUGGCAACGUCCUCGUCCUCGACAACGUCAUCCAGUGCACCGAGCGCGAUGAGUUCUCCUACCAGGAGAUGAUCACCCACCUCGCCAUGAACUCCCACCCCAACCCCAAGAAGGUCCUCGUUAUCGGCGGUGGUGACGGUGGUGUCCUCCGUGAGGUCGUCAAGCACGACGUCGUUGAGGAGGCCAUCCUCUGCGACAUCGAUGAGGCUGUCAUCCGCCUCUCCAAGCAGUUCCUCCCCCACAUGUCUGCUGGCUUCGAGCACCCCAAGGUCAAGGUCCACGUUGGCGAUGGCUUCAAGUUCCUCGAGGACUUCAAGAACACCUUCGAUGUCAUCAUCACCGACUCAUCCGACCCCGAGGGUCCCGCCGAGUCUCUCUUCCAGAAGCCCUACUUCCAGCUUCUCCACGACGCCCUCCGCGAGGGUGGUGUUAUUACCACACAAGCUGAGAACCAGUGGCUCCACCUUCCCCUCAUCACCAAGCUCAAGAAGGACUGCAAGGAGGUCUUCCCCGUUGCCGAGUACGCCUACACCACCAUCCCCACCUACCCCUCCGGUCAGAUCGGCUUCAUGGUCUGCUCCAAGGACCCCAACGCCAACGUCAAGGUUCCUCUCCGCUCUUGGUCCCAGGAGGAGGAGGAGAAGCUCUGCCGCUACUACAACUCCGAGAUCCACAAGGCCAGCUUCAUUCUCCCCACCUUCGCCAAGAAGGCUCUUGAGUAA